AUGGAUUCUGCUGCUGGAGAAACUGCCGGAGACAUUGCCGGAGAUAAAGGCAAGCGAAUCAUAGGAGUGGACACCAAGAAUCUGAUAGCUCAAAGCAUGCUACAAGUGAGCCAUUUAGGUAAAAUACCAUAUGGAGGUUUUGUCAAAACAGCAAAGGACUUUGGAGUUAGCAGGAAGACAGUUCAUCGAAUCUGGGCAGAGGCCAGCAAGCAAAUCCAAAGUAGAGUACAUGUGAGCAAAAAAGAUCGUGUUAAAGGUUUCAAGCGCAAUGAUGAAAUUCAGCUAGAUCAAAACAGGGUAAGAGCUCUUUCAGUCCUUGAAAGAUCUACCAUCCGCAAGAUGGCUGUCAAGCUAGAUUUAAGUAAGAGCACAGUAGGCAGGAUGGUGAAAUGUGGAAUUCUGAGGCCACACACAAAUGCUGUGAAGCCCCUACUUACUGCCUCAAACAAGCUAGCAAGAAUGAAAUGGGGUCUCACUCAUGUUCAGCCUGUUGUUCACAAUGGUAUGCUCAAAUACCACACAAUGCACAAUGUAGUGCAUAUUGAUGAAAAAUGGUUUUUCAUGACAAAGAGUACGGAUAGAUACUACCUGCUUCUAGAUGAGGAAGAACCAUAUAGGUCAUGCAAGUCAAAGAGGUUCAUCACAAAGGUGAUGUUUAUGUGUGCAGUGUGUAGACCGUACUUUGGAGAAAGUGGAGAUGUCAUAUUUGAUGGAAAAAUAGACAUCUUUCCAUUCACAAGACAAGAGCCAGCAAUGAGAAAAUCAAAGAACAGACCAAGAGGCACCUUGGAGACCAAGCCCAUUCAAUCAGUGAACAAGGAAAUCAUACCAGCAAUCAAGGCUAAAUGGCCAGAUAACAUAAGCAAGAAGAUAUUCAUUCAACAAGACAAUGUCAGACCUCACAUCAUGCAUAAUGAUGCCGAAUUUCAGUCAGUUGCAAACACAGAUGGGUUCAGAUUCCAUAUCAUUUGCCAACCAGCUAACUCUCCUUAUUGUAAUGUGUUGGAUUUAGGUUUUUUCAGGGCCAUCCAGUCUAUACAGGAUGACAAAUUGGCUACGGGAGUGGAUGAGUUGGUGGCUAAUGUGCAAACAGCUUUUGAUGAACUUAGUGCAGAAACACUGAACAAUGUUUUUCUGACUCUUCAAGGAUGUUUAACAGGGAUUUUGAAGGUGGAAACAAAACUCCACACAUUAACAAAGAAAGGUUGA